AUUACGUUUAUAAGUUCCUUCAUUUUCAGCUCCGAACAAUGGCUUCUUCGUUCUCCUUCUGCACCCUCAAGUUUCGCACCAAACCCAACGAUAGUAGAAGCAGUGCUUCCUCUCUUCCCCGUAUUCUAUUCUGUCACAACCUCCACGAUGACAUUCACACACCCACUGACCAAAUCAACCGAAGACAACUCAUAUUGAGAAGCAGCGAAAUAGCGACCAUCGGUGCCAUCUUCGACUUCAGUGGGAAAAAACCUGAUUAUCUUGGAGUGCAGAAAAACCCACCAGCUUUAGCUCUGUGUCCGGUAACUAGGAACUGCGUAUCAACCUCUGAGAAUAUCAGUGAUCGCACUCAUUAUGCUCCUCCUUGGAACUACAAUCCUGAAGGUAGGAAAAACCCUGUGAGCAGAGAAGAGGCAAUGGAGGAACUGAUAGACGUGAUAGAAUCAACAACACCAGACAAAUUUACACCACGAAUAGUUGAAAGGAAGGAAGACUAUAUUCAUGUGGAGUACCAAAGCUCAAUCUUGGGGUUUGUGCAUGAUGUUGAGUUCUGGUUUCCACUGGAUAAGGGUUCUACUGUGGAGUAUCGAUCUGCAUCUCGGUUGGGGAACUUUGAUUUUGAUGUGAAUAAGAAAAGAAUAAAGGCACUGCGACAAGAGUUGGAGAAGAAAGGAUGGGAAUCUGAAGACAUAAUAUGAUGAAUUAACUGAAGCAAAAUUCCAUCAGCAUCUAAGCAACUACAAUAAAUUGAAUUCCGCUAUGUAAAGCUAUUAUUGCAUAUACUCUGUAACCGUUUUACUUUUGUGCAAGAUAUAAAUCUCAGUAUCAUUGAAAGCAAACUUUUCUUCGAUUAUUGGAAUUGUAGAAAUCAUUGAGAACAAUACUUUAAACUCUUGGGGAAGGAAUGAAACGAAAAUGUUGCC